GGCAUAUAGGGAUGAGUGGAAUAACUUGCUAUGUUUCGUGUUAGGAAUAAGACAUCAAACUGAAAAGCAAACACCAGAACAUUAUUUGUUGUUUAUUAACGCCUAUAAGCUAGCUUCUUGGAGAGAAAGAUCAUCAUCGACGAAAAUGUGUUUCUAAUCGAAUAGUGAUCGCAUGCAGCCUCUGAUAUACCGCUCUCUUAAAGAGUUAAAAACUGAUUUAAAGUGCAGUGGGCAGAGACACGUUGUCUAAAGGUGUUGGUUUUCAAUCUACCUGUCAUAGACACGGGGUGACUGACUUACCGUGUCUUCUCCUUUGUUGGUGGAUUCAUCGAAUACCAUCUACUAAUUUAAAUUGGCCAUCUUCUCUUUUACAAGCUUUUAACCGAAGGAAUGCUUAAGAACGGUGUGCACGGAAGUUGUCUCAUCUAUACGAAGUCCGCGGAGGCGCAGAGCGAGUGCCAGCGGUGUCAGAGGUCGAUACAAGGCGGCUGCGUCGUCUACGCAUUGGCUGGCCCGAGGUGCGUGGGGUGGGAAGGCACUCGACAGGUUCAACAGACAGUCUACAUCGACACCGAGUGUGGAUACAGUCACGGUUCUCUACCUCGGAAUAAAGAGUUGCAAAAUGGAGAUGGUGGGCUGGAUCCUACCCGCUGUCCUGGUUGCGCUGAUUCUGUUACUACUGUAUCUCUACGGUACCUGGACGUACACAAAAUGGCGCAAGUAUAAUAUUCCUGGGCCAGCACCUGUCCCGUUUUUAGGAAACAUGAUGGACAUUUUGAAAAAAGGUCUAUUUAAUGCUUCCCUUGACUGGAGGAGAAAGUAUGGAAAAACAUUCGGUGUCUACUUUAUGCGUGAAAGCAUGCUGCUCACCAACGACCUCGACAUUAUAAAGGAGGUCUUCCUCAAAGAUUUCUCAAAUUUCACAGAGCGGUCAAACGUUCCGAGACGCACCGCCCCCUACCCGCUGAACCUGAGCGUGGUGUUUACAAUGGGAGACAACUGGCGGCGCAUACGUCACACCAUGACGCCAACAUUCAGCACCGGCAGGCUCAAGCUUAUGGGUCGCUACAUCAGCCGGUGCUGUGACAACCUCUCCAGCGCCUUCCAAAGACUCACAGAGAAACAAGAACUUGCGGAUGUAAAAAGAAUAUUCGGAGCCUACACCAUUGAUGUAAUUGCUGGAACAGCCUUUGGUCUUGAAACUGACUCCUUGGUCCGAGAAAAUAAUCCUUUCUUAAAAGCUAUCGUCAAGAUGUUCCAAAAAUCUAAAACUCUAGGUUGGCGUUCUGCAUUUCUAACACUGUUUCCGUUCCUCAGCCCGGUCCUCUUACUGCUCCGGCUUAGUGACGCUCCUACCGAGGAGGUCAACAAUGUCGUCCGGCUGAUUGAUCAGCUCAUUGACGACAGGAGGAAGAACGGUGAUAAUGAGCGAGUAGAUUUACUGCAUCUGUUGCUGGAAGCGGAAGCUUCGGAAGCCGACAUUGCAGCCAAACCACAGGACAGACAGCUGACUCGAGUCGAAAUCAUCGCACAAAGCAUGCUCAUCUUUAUCGCCGGCUACGAAACGACGGCGACGACUCUACAUUACAUGACCUAUUUGCUGGCCCUCAACCCCAACAAACAGGAAAAGCUCUACAACGAGAUCAUCGCCGCCAUCGGUGAUGCCCCGCCUACCUAUGAGAAUGUGAUGAACAUCAAGUACCUGGACAAUGUCAUCCGCGAAACGCUGCGCAGUUUUCCACCUGUUCCCCUGAUCGGACGCCGAGCAGUCGAGGCCCGCACAAUCAAAGGUGUGCAUAUUGAGGCUGGAUCUUGCAUUGGCGUGCCACUCUACGCCUUCACGCAUGAUGAAGAAACCUUCUCAGAUCCUGACAAGUUCAUUCCAGAAAGGUUUGAUGAUAAGGACAUGCCUACCGUGAUAAGCGAGUUGGCCUUCGGGAUGGGUCCUCGUCAGUGUAUCGGCAUGAGACUGGCGCUGUACGAGGCCAAAAUGGCCGCCGUCACCAUCAUCCGACGGUUCCGGUUUAUUAAAGUGCCGGAGACCCCUAUGAUGAUCACGUUCAGGAGAUCGACAUUAUCCUCCCCUGAGAAACCUAUCCUGCUGGGGGUUGAGCCUCGCAAGUAAUGUCUACAUGGAGAUUUGAUAUACGAGAUGGCAGCUAGCUGCUAGAGCUGUUUUUUACAUACGUCAUGCAAGUUCUAUAAACAUAAGAACUAUUUUUUCACGCUGCUUACGACAUGUAAAAAAACCUGACAUGUCUGAAAUGCUUAAGCAAUCUUAAGCACAAUUCACAAGGCAAUCAAAUUUUACACCACUGACCAAAGCAUCACUUGUUGUACUUUGUCUUGAUGUGAACAAACUGAACAGAUUUUGAAAUGUAAAAUUUGUCCACAAAAAACAAUAUAAAAGCUUCAUUGUAUAUUGAGAACCUACGGUCGUCUGCGUCGUACACAAAGUCCUUACGAGAAAAAAAUGCAGCAGACAGAUGACCAUUAAACAGUGUCAGUGAAAUCUUUGCUACAAAAAUAAUGCAUAUUUUGUAAAUGAGGAAAGAAUCGAAAAAAACGGGACUUGCCGGCUUGUUUCAAAUAAUUACUGUUCCUAUAAUUAUUGUAACCAGUGUAUUGGUAAGACAAGAGUCACAUAAAAGAUGAAAUACGUGGCACUGCACACAGCCUGACAACAAUACUGCACUGUGUGAAAGUACCGGUCAAAACAGUCUGGAAACAAAGAAUACAGUGCAUUACUGUUGUGAGUGCUAUGUUCAGUACAUUUCAUGUACUGUUUUAUUUAUGUAAUAUCCCGACAUCUUGCGUGCGUGUGUGUGUGCGUGUGUUGUGUUCGAGAGACAGAGGAGAGAAAAAAAA